AUGUUAUUGAAAUUGUUAUUUAAUACUGUGCCAAAGGAUUUUGUGUAUCCUUGUAGAAUCAAUAGGAUAAAUUCUACUCCAGAAUGUCAUAUUGGUCCUACAGGAAAACCGGUAUGCAAGGCCUGUGCCCUCAAGAUUAUCAAACAAAAGAGAAGAAGUCGGUAUCAAAAUAUAUUAGCGGGUGUUCCAGAGAAUUCAACAAUCUACAAUUGA